CAAGUUGACAUUUCAAGACUUUCGCUUGCUGCCUAAUUUUGAGGCGUUUCCCCUCGGCUCUCCUGCGGUUCGCGUUGUCCUGCCCGACUUGGUAUGAACGAAAGCAUUCUUAGUACUCAAUCCUAUUCCCCAAAGUCACUUUAACACAUCGAACACCAAACUUGAGAUCGCAGCCUGUCGGCGGAGUCACUGGUGACAGAGUCCUGCACCUUUGACACGCACUGAGCGCGCCCAUGGAGCGCACCGCAAAAUGCAGCCAAGGCGACCAAGCCUGAUCCAAGUGAAUUAAACGAGUGUCGCGCACAAAGGGAUCGCGAGGGAUUAGCAUGGAACAGCACGGUUGUGGGAGGGCCGUUAGCAUCUUCCGACGUGUGCGGGGCCACUCCCUGUUUCUCGUGCUCGCGUGUACUGCCCUCAUGUUCAGGCCGCUUUCAGCCGGCGACGAGUUGGGGGGUUGCUAGCUAGGGGGGGGCGCGCGGUGAAACUAACAUGAGGGCGCGUUCGGCGUUCCAGAGUGGGCGGGGGCAUUGCCGGGGCGCCCAAUCCACACGCAACCAUUGCAGCACCCUGCCGCUUGAGCGCUCCUAUCUUCCAACAUAUAGAAAUCCCGUUUGAGCCAAGCAAGUGCAAUACAUUCGACUUGGCUGCUGCUUCAAACGCGCCGUGAAGACGAGACGCUAGUUCACGCCUAUUCACCGGCCAGCGCGCGCGGCACUACUGCUGCGUCUUCCCCGCUCAAGCCGUCCGCAGCGCCUCCACACACGCAGGGCGGGAUGCUGUGCGCCGCACUCAGCGCCUCGGCGCGGCCGGCAUUGCUGCGGCCGCGCGGGGCCGCCCAGCCGGCGACGACCCACCGCACCGCCUCCUUCCCUGCUGCUGCCGCGGCGGGCCGCGCAAGCCGCUGUGCCGCGCCGCUGGCGGCUGACAUUCACAUGUUGAGGAGCUACUCCUCCCGCCGGACCUCCGUGAGGGUGGCGGCGAGCGCCGAGGAGCCCGCCGCCUCUUCGUCCUCUUCCCCCGACGUGCGCUCCAGCGAGCAGCAGCAGGCGCUGCCCCCGGCACCCACGCCCUCUUCUCCGCUGCCGCCAGCCGCCGCCGACCCACAUGCCGCUCGCCCGCCGCCGCCAGCUUCGGCCGCCGCUGUCACGGCCGCUCUGUCGUCUGUGGUGGGUGGCGUGGUGGACGCCCGCCUGGCGGGUGUGCGAGGCCAGCUGGUGCAGGAGGUGGUGGCCACGCUGACGUCGGAGCCGCGGCUGCUGCUGAAGGAGCUGCUGCUGGCGGUUGGAGAGCACGCGCCGGCCUCCGGAGGGACUGACACGGCGGAGCUGCGGCGGCGUGUGACCGACCUGGAGGCGCGCGUGGAGGAGCUGGGUGCGGCGAAGGGGCAGCAGCAGCAGCGGGGUGGCGAGGGCUCUGGCAGCUCAGGCCCCGGCGGAGAGCUCCUGAUUGGAGCGGUGGAGACAGCGGCGGCGGUGGGGGUGCGCGCAGUGGGCUCAACGCCCGGACCCUACCCGGGCAUCCGCCUGCCGCGCACCAGCCCCAUUCCCGGCCAGGUGGUCACACUGGACAACGUAUGCGUGGGGCUGGUGGUGCGGCGCGGCCCGGACUGGGACAAGAUCCACACAAACUUCAUGGAGGCUGGGGUCGACGGCGGCCCCGGCAAUGACGGCGUAGUGACGGACGUCAGCAAGGCUGGCAGGUAGGGGGCGGAUGCCAAUAAGUACGUGCGUGAUGGAUUCCGGUGGUUGUGGCCUGUGCGGCCGUAGCCUAGUGAUGACAGUGUGCGCACGUGUUGAUUGGGUGCGUGCAGAAGGACGCACAAGGCCCAUGGUUGAGUCCAGUGGCAUUGCGCGUAGCAAUAGCUGGGGUAGCAUGAGGCGUGUACGUGGGGCAUUGGCAUGCCGUGCUGAUACCUGUCCGAUGCUUGAUUAUUGUUGCUGGGGUAAGCCUUGAGUCAACUGGAGCUUGUCGGUGGAUGAUGCAGUGCGCGUUGCGCUUGUACCGUAAACGUGCACGGCCUUGCAUCUCAAACCCGUGUAAGAAGGGUCUGCA